UUGGCCGGCAUUCGGGCGCAUGCGCUUUGGCGGCGUCCCGGGUCGGCGCUGUGAAAAGUUGGGGCAAAAGGAGUGGUGGUGCGACCGGGCGGGGAAGGGCGGCGUUCGGAGGCGGUUUCCUCUUUCGGGAGGGGGGGGGACCCGGGGCUGGCGGCGGCAGAGGCAGAGCCGAGACCGGACCGAGGCAGGCAGCGCGAUGGUCAUGGCGUACUUCGUGGAGAACUUCUGGGGAGAAAGGAACAAUGGUUUUGAUGUCCUCUAUCAUAAUAUGAAACAUGGGCAUGUAUCUACAAAAGAACUAGCAGAUUUUAUAAGAGAAAGGGCUGCAAUAGAAGAGACCUAUUCAAGAUCUAUGAUGAAGCUAUCAAAAUCAGCAAGUAAUUGUUCACAGGUUGGGACGUUUUCACCAGUCUGGGAUGUUUUCAAAUCAUCAACAGAAAAAUUAGCAAGCUGUCACUUAGAACUUGUUCGAAAAUUGCAAGAACUAAUAAAAGAAGUGCAGAAAUACGGUGAUGAACAGAUCAAAGCUCAUAAAAAGACUAAGGAAGAAGUUUCAGGAACUUUGGAAGCAGUGCAAAACAUCCAGAGUAUUACCCAAGCUCUCCAAAAAUCAAAAGAAAACUACAAUUCAAAAUGUGUGGAACAAGAGCGUUUAAAAAAGGAGGGUGCAACACAGAGAGAAAUAGAUAAGGCAGCUGUAAAAUCCAAGAAAGCUACUGAUACAUACAGAUUAUAUGUAGAAAAGUAUGCUACAGCAAAAUCUGAUUUUGAACAAAAAAUGACUGAAACUGCACAGAAAUUUCAAGAUAUUGAAGAAAUGCAUCUUUUCCACAUGAAAGAAAUUAUAGAGAGCUUUUCAAAUACAGUAAAAGAAGUUCAUUUGCAAAUUGGUGAGGUCCAUGAAGAAUUUAUAAAUAACAUGGCAAACACAACAGUUGAAAGUUUGAUACAAAAAUUUGCUGACUCAAAAGGCACAGGCAAGGAGAAACCCGGUCUCAUUGAAUUUGAAGAAUGUAAUACAGCCAGUGCAGUUGAAGGAAUAAAGCCAAAAAAAAGAAAACCUUUUGGGUUACCGGCAAUUAUUAAGAAGGAAAAAGAUGCAGAAUCUGUGGAAUGUCCAGAUGCAGAUUCAGUGAAUAUUCCAGAUGUAGAUGCUGAUGGAUAUAGCAUUAAACCAGAAGCUAUUCAUAGUGCCAAAGAGAACCAUUUCUAUUCAUCAAGUGAGUCUGACUCUGAAGAUGAUGAACCAAGGAAAUUCCAUGUGGAAAUCAAACCUGUACAGCCAAAUAGUAGCUCUCAUUAUACAGUGCCUUCGCUGGAUGAAUUAAAAGAAUCAAUAGGAAACAUCACACUUUCACCAGCUAUAUCUAGACACAGUCCUGCACAAAUGAACCGGAAUUCAUCCAGUGAAGAAUUAACAAAAUCAAAGCUUUCUGGUUCAUCUACAGAGAAGGGGAACAAUGACUUCCUGGCAUGGGAUCCACUCUUUAGAAAUUCUGGUGACUCAUCUUCUUUGACCUCAACAGUAUCUUCAUCUUCCUCAGCAAGACCAUCAACCCCUCUUUCUGUAGGUACCUUAGUACCUCCCCCAAGACCAGCUCCCAGACCAAAGUUGCCUACAGGAAAACUCAGCGGAGUUCCAAGGCCAUUCAGCCCUCCUUUGGCCUCCAGUUCCAGCCCACCUCCUUCAGCUCCUUUGGCACGUGCAGAAAGCUCCUCUUCAAUAUCAUCUUCUGCUUCAUUCAAUGCAGCAAAUACACCCACAAUUGGAAUUUCACGUGGCCCUAGCCCUGUCAGCCUUGGAAACCAGGACAUAUUGCCUGUUGCAGUGGCCCUGACAGAGUCUGUUAAUGCCUAUUUCAAAGGAGCAGAUCCUACAAAAUGUAUUGUGAAGAUCACUGGUGAUAUGACUGUAUCAUUCCCAAGUGGGAUUAUUAAAAUCUUCACCAGCAAUCCAUCCCCAGCUGUGCUGUGCUUCAGGGUAAAAAACACAAGCAAACUAGAGCAGAUUCUUCCAAAUUCACACCUUGUGUACAGUGAUCCAUCACAAAGUGAUUCUAAUGCAAAGGAUUUUUGGAUGGACAUGCAAGCUGUCACACUCUACCUCAAGAAGCUAUCAGAACAGAAUCCAUCUGCCUCUUAUUAUAAUGUGGAUGUUCUGAAGUAUCAGGUUUCUUCAAACGGCAUCCAGUCAACACCUCUGAAUCUUGCCACAUACUGGAAGUGCAAUGCUACCACUACUGAUGUGAGAGUUGAUUACAAAUACAACCCAGAAUCUAUGGCAGUGCCAAGUAUGCUGUCCAAUAUACAAGUCAUGGUACCAGUUGAUGGAGGUGUAAUAAAUAUGCAGUCACUUCCACCAGCAAAAUGGAAUUCAGAACAAAUGAAAGCAUUUUGGAAAUUAUCUGGUAUUUCAGAAAAAUCAGAAAAUGGAGGGUCUGGUUCUCUUAGAGCCAAAUUUGAUCUUUCAGAAGGACCCAGUAAACCAGCAACACUUGCAGUGCAAUUUAUCAGUGAGGGAAGCACUCUUUCAGGGGUAGAUGUUGAACUAGUAGGCACUGGCUAUCGACUUUCCCUAAUUAAAAAGAGGUUUGCCACAGGACGGUAUAUGGCAGAUUAUUGACGAAUCUACGAAGAAAAAUACUUAGUUCAGUGAAUAGGAGUUGAUUAUUUUAUGAAUUUCCCGACACUAUUUUAACAUGCAUUAAAUUUCAAAAAUAUGUUGCUUAGGUCUUACACCCAACAAAGUGAUUUGCACUUUGAAAAAUAAAUCAUUUUAAAAUAUUCUUUUAUUUUAUAAUAGUAUUGAAGUAAAUUCCAACACUAUCUAUUGAAGAUUGACUACAAUAUUGGGAAGCAAGAUUUAAAUACUUAUUACUAAUGUAGCCUCAGAGUCAAAAUAGAAAUAAUGUGUACUGUUUAAAAGGUGAGGUGCUUUAUGACUCCAUAAAGAAACACAACAUAUAUUUUAGCUUGCUAUAAAUAUUACUCAGCUAUAAUUGUUUCAGUUUUUAUUAUUGCCAUUCCAUAAGCAAACAGUGGCAAAAUAAUUUUUAUUUCCUUUGUGUAUAUUCUCGUGCCAUAACUUACUACAGAUACCUGUAAAAUAAUUUGAUUUCCAUAUUCCAUACAUAAUUAAUUGUACAUUGUUUUAUAAAAGAGUUUUUUAAUGUAAAGUGCAAUUUUAAAAAAUGCAAUGGGCACACAGAGAUAUUUACUUCUGCCAUUACUUAACUUUAUGGAAGUUGUAAUUUUAAUUAAUGCUGUAGAUUAAUUUAUUUUUAUAUGGAGUGUAACAUUUGUGCCUUUGUAAAGCUGUGCCUGUCAAAACUGUUUAUGUGCCUCUUACUCCUUUUUUUCAGUGUCAAUAUCUUACAAUAAACACAGCAUUAUUUCUGUGUACAAUAUGAAACUACAUACUUCCCUAGGCAAGGAUUUAGAAGGGAAACAUACCAUAACUACAAUAUAGCCUUUUAAAAUAUUAAUUGACUUCCUUCUGGGUUAAUUGCAAUAAAUACAGCCACUGUAAAGGGAACUUCUUGGCUUUGUUAGAAUCACAGGAAAAAAUUAAAUUCAGUAUCACCAAAGAUCUGUAAAAUCCUGGUAUAUUAAAGUUUUAAUUUAUAAAUUACAUUUAUAAAUUAAUUAUUUAAAUGUUAAGAUGAGUCUGCAAUCUCUGCUAUAUUUUAAACACUCUGGCAUAUAGUGGCUCUAAACAGUAAAUGAACCAACCAAUUGCAGUAAUUGUAAUACAUAUUACAAUUUUUAAUGCUUAUGUGCUAUGGUAUUACAGCCUUAUGAAAAUCAAAAGUUGUGGGGUUCAUUGAAUUUUCUAAGUCAUCAAAUGGAUGGAGAUGAGAUCUCAAAAUCUAAGAAAAGCAUAUAAAAACACAUUUAAAAAA